AUGCCUCUUGCAAUCAGUGAUGUGACUGCAAUUCUGCAGGUGCGUGUGCGUAUCGACGGAUCUCAAUUCGACCGCUCGGUCAUGACAGAACCCGAGUUCUUAUUGUCCACACGCGUCGUAUUCCGCAGCGUUCGACAUGGCGGUACUCAAUUGCAAGCUUCAUGGCGAGUCUUUCGAAAUUUCCACGAGUUUCAGGCCCUGGAUGUGCAAUUGAGACACGCUUUUUCACAAGACAUGAAGCUAUUGGCACCGCCAGUACCACACCGACGUCGCACGUGGCUCCGACGCCAUCGUAACGCUACGUUCCUGGCCAAACGUUGCGCCGAGCUGAACGAGUAUUUGGAUCGAGUGCUUAGCAAUUCACACAUGAGACUCACGAGGUUUUUAGACCCGAGAGCACCGCUCAUGUUGCGCUGUUUCUGCAACUUUGACGCAGGUCUCAGUACGGCAAAGGUGACUGUGCUGCCUAAUCAGGUUGAAAACUGUGUGCUUUAUUUGGACUAUCGAGAUCGAGACGUGGAUGUACAGGCCAGGAUAGAUGAGACGGUGGACAGCAGUGAGUACAGUGCUUUGGAAGGUGUCGAGUUCGACGAAGAAACUGACGAAUUAGACAGUGAAGAGCAGUUGAUUGAACAACGGAGACCGGCUAGAAGGCUAGAAGGACGGAGUGAUGAUGCUAGACUGGAUGAAGUCCAGGCUAAUCUCAUGGAUGACAAGGCAAGAAACUUGAUCAUAUGCACCAGAUAUGAAUGUGCCUGUCGUGUUUCGCCCUUCCACUUAACACACCACAAAAUGAUGCAAAUGUUACGACUUCGUGAUCUCAAACAAACGUACGCACCUCCAGGAGGUGCUCUUACAGCACUGUAUUGUGUGCUUUACAAACUGCAGCAGUUCAACGACUUGGACAAACGAUUAUAUGAUGCAUUGACUGGAUUCCCCACAAAGACAUCGAAUGAGAUCGGAAUCUCGACGCAAGAACCAUCGGACGCACUGUCGAAUGACCAUUUGCAAUUAUCUAAUGGUGUAGAUCUUCUGCGUCAGACGCUGGCAAAUUAUGGACUGCUUCACGUACACACACUGGAACGAUAUUUUUGUACAGCUGCAGUAGAUCUGAAAAAGAGAUUGCAUGAGUUCAAGUCUCGACGACAAAUGCGUGUGGGUGCGGUAGAACUCGUGUUGCUCGCUACGAUGCUGAAUUUGUGUAUCCAACUGGUUACAAACGAUCAUGAGGGCUCGGAGCAACAGAUUUUGCCACUUGCUGGUCUGCGGUCGAUUCGCGAAGGUGGUCGAAUUACCAUGACGUGUGGAUACAUCCUGCCCACGUUCGUAUGUGUCAAUGGUUUAUACUUGCUGGCCGAACGGAGACGUGUUGUUUCGGAAAGUAUGUCACCGGUCUUGGGAAGCGAGGAGACAAUAUUGACAGAGCAACAGCGAAGACGGAUGUGGACGGGCUUGGACGAGAUGGAACGGUGCUUUAUGGCAGAGAUUGAACGAAUUGUUUCAAGUGAAGCGGACGCAUUCGCACUAGCUUUCGACUUUCACGUGGCAGACUCGCUCAACUCCGCCAUUCUGGAUGCUGUAUGGGACGAUUGUCAGCACAACCCGAAUCUGUUUUACCUCUUUCAUCGGCAGGCUCGACAGUUCGGCAAGGGUCACACCACAGCUCGCUUCUUUAUGCAGUAUCUGGAAGUGACCUUUGGAUUUGAGGGUGCCAGUUAUCUCGUGGAUUUCUUGCUGCACGUUUUGCCCGAAAAAGACUUGCGCAAACAGCUAUGGAACGCUCGGUGGAUACGUUUGCAUCGUCAACUUGCCAAACGCGUCUCACCAUGA